UGAUAAACUCCAAUGGCUUUAAUUCUGUAUCUGCCACCCUCUCUGCCAAUCCCGUCCACUGGCCUCUACUCAGUGUCCUCCACCCCUCUCUGCCAAUCCCUCCACUGGCCUUUCCACUCAGUGUCCUCCAUCCCUCUCUGCCAAUCCCUCCACUGGCCUACCAUCAGUGUCCUCCAUCCCUCUCUACCAAUCCUCCACUGGCCCUCCAUUCAUGUGUCCUUCCACCCCUCUCUGCCCUUAUCCCUCCACUGGCCUCCACUCAGUGUUCUCCACCCCUCUCUGCCUAAUCUCUCCACUGGCCUCCACUCAGUGUCCUCCAUCCCUCUCUGCCAAUCCCUCACUGCCUCUCCAUUCAGUGUCCUCCAUCCCUCUCUGCCAAUCCCUCCACUGGCCUCCAUUCAGUGUCCUCCACCCCUCUCUGCCGAAUCCCUCCACUGGCCUCCACUCAGUGUUCUCUCACCCCUCUCUGCCAAUCUCUCCACUGGCCUCCACUCAGUGUCCUCCAUCCCUCUCUGCCAAUCCCUCCACUGCUCUCCAUUCAGUGUCCUCCAUCCCUCUCUGCCAUAUCCCUCCACUGGCCUCCAUUCAGUGUCCAUCUUCACCCCUCUCUGCCAAUCCCUCCACUGGCCUCCAUUCAGUGUCCUCCACCCCUCUCUGCCAAUCCCUCACUGGCCGACUCUCACUCAGUGUCCUCACCCCUCUCUGCCAAUCCCUCCACUGGCCUCCACUCAGUGUACCCUCCACCCCCUCUCUGCCAAUCCCUCCACUGGCCUCCAUUCAGUGUCCCUCCACCCCUCUCUGCCAAUCCCGUGCACCAGCUUCCCAUUGCCC